AGAAACCGCACAGGCAGCCGCCUCUUCGCUCCGGCCCUCCCAACCUCUCUCUGCUUGCCUGUCAGUGUUCCUCAGGAAGACGGUCACUUCUCAGCAACCUCUCUCAAGCAUCUCCAAGCUACUGAUUAUAUACACAUAUAUGUUACCACAAGAAGCCUAGGACCGGGGGAGGAAGCGCGCGAGACCUCAUCACUUCGCCUUAGAAAAGAUCAACAACGAAAUUUCCGAAAUGUUUAAGAACAAUUAAAAAAAAAGAAAGAAAGAACGGGCGUUUUCAAUCCGUCAACUAAGUGAGCAGUCCUACCUUCCACCCCUAAGACAGCGCCGCUCGCCGUGGCGGGCUGCGAGAUGACAGCUGCUCUUUCAUCUGUGAACGUAAUAAAUAGUGGCUGCUUUUAAUAUUUGCCAGGAUCUCUCCUCCUUGUUCCCCUGGAAUUUUAACUCCAAAAGAUUGGCGAAAAGAUUAUCCGCAGGGCUUUUGCAAGCCUCCAAAAUGAUGCUGAGUCCGGACCAAGCCGCCGACUCGGAUCACCCCAGCUCGACGCACUCGGACCCGGAGUCCCUGGGCGGCGCCGACGCCAAGGUGCUGGGCAGCGUGUCGGACCUGGAGCCGGUGGAGGAGGCGGACGGCGACGGCAAGGGCGGCCCCCGGGCCGCGCUCUACCCGCACCCGCAGCAGCUGAGCCGCGAGGAGAAGCGCCGGCGCCGGCGCGCCACGGCCAAGUACCGCUCGGCCCACGCCACCCGCGAGCGCAUCCGCGUGGAGGCCUUCAACCUGGCCUUCGCCGAGCUCCGCAAACUGCUGCCCACCCUGCCCCCGGACAAGAAGCUCUCCAAGAUCGAGAUCCUGCGCCUGGCCAUCUGCUACAUCUCCUAUCUCAACCACGUCCUGGAUGUGUAGAGAGGGGGACGCCGCGGGAGGCCGCCGGUCCCGGCGUCUGCCGGAGGCGACACACCAGGAUUGUGAGGCCGGAGGAUAGCCCAGAGACACCUGGACGCGGGGGGAAAGCUUGCAGCCUCUGUUUUUUCUGCUCAGCGAGGAGACAGGGAAAGGUUUUCGAGCCUGGGAGGUGGGGUUGAGUGGAAAGAGCUGGGACCUGCAAGGUUAGUUUCUUGGCCAGAAGAACCUUCUGGAGGCACCUAGAAGGAGUUGCCCCGGGGCCUUGGGUGUGUUAGGAUCCCUUUAAGGUGAUUGCUUUAACGCCCUGGAGACCUCGAGCUCCCCUAUGUCUAUAGUCACCACACAUCUUCAUGUUCUGAAAGAAUGAGGGCAGCUCAUCCAGGCUGACGGCUUCAGACUAAGCCUAUCUAGGGGUUUUCUAAUUGACAAACCACUAAGCUUUGGGGAGAAAGAAAAAGAAAAAGAAAAUCUUUCCCAUACAGAGAUUAAGACACAGAAAGGUGUACCAGCAAACUUUUUGUUCCUUUGACAAAUGAAAAACUACAUUGGAGAAUAAAUCGGAAUCAUUGGUGAAGUUACAAGAAAAGGAUACAUUCAGAACAGACAGGCACACGGUGAGAGGAUUUGAGCUUGGUGAGAUUUUAACCCCAAGAUAGGACACUAAGGUAGAUAGAAAAAUCCGUAUUUAAAUGGAAAAUUCAACAUCUGAUUGCUUUUUUUGGGCAGAGUGCCCCAUUAAAUAUCCAAAAAACAAAACAAAAAAAACCAUCUACUUGUGAUCUUACCGUGUGGACCCGUAGAUGCAGUUAGAGAAAGACAAACCUAUUUUUAUUUAUGUUGGAAGAAGUAGAGUAUUUUUUUCAAGACAUUUAUUUUUCAGAGUGGUGAUAAUUUUACUUUGGAUACUCUGUGCCAAUUUAUUGAUGGUCAAGUGUUUACACUUUUUUCCCCGUGAAAUGAUUGCGUCGAACUCUUUCUGUGUUUGUUGAGAUUAUCUUGUGGUCUCCCCCCCCCUUUUUUUCUGAUUAUAUUGCACUUGUUUAAGAGAGUUCUCACUUCCCCUGUUUCUAAGCAUAUUUUAUAUAUUAAGAAGUUGGUUCUUUUGUUGUGAGAUCAGCAACACUAGCUCUUCACUGUUAUAGUUUUAUAAAAAAGUUAAGUGUUGUUAUAUCUUACCUGUAGUUUUGUCUGAAAAGUACUUUACAAACUGUUUUUAAGGAGAGUAGUUUCUUUGUGUGUGUGCGCGUGACGUUUGUGGUGUGGGAUGAUUUUAGGAAAUGACAUUAUUUUCCUAAAAAAAGAAAAGACAAAAAGAAUUCAGAACUACUUUCCUCUGUGACAACCAAAAAGAAAAGUCUAUGACCUGGAAAUGUUUCAUGUUCUUAGCUGUGAAACUCUUAAAGUAAGAGGUGUAUUUUAGAGACAAGGGAGAAAGGAAAAAAAAAAAAAAACAACACAUCUGCUAUCCAAAGAUUUUAGUCUUUUUCAGGGUUUUUUUGUGUCUCUGUUGCUUUAUAUAAUGCAAUAUUUUGUAGUGAAAAUAGAUAUAACCUGGUUUCUACCUGACGAGUUUUUCAUAUCUCAUGAUUGGUCGCUGUUUUGCAUAUAAAUAAAG